CCCCCCACCCGCCCGUACGCGAACGCGGCGACGAUGCUUCUCCCCAACCCCUCGUAGCCUCCACCCCACGGCCCCCAUCCGCGGCCUCCUCUCCCGUUCCCCCCUUCCGUUUCCCUUCCUCCCGCUUCGCUUCCCGAUUCAGCUCGCAACGCCGCCGCCUUCGCUGACCUCGCGCGGGCGCGGGCCGAUUCAAGCCCGCCGCUACAGGGAUUUCGGGAGAAUUUUGGGGCUAGCGGGGGUGUGAACAGAGCCCGCGGCUCUGCCUUUUGUCGUCCACUGUUUCGCGUCAAUUCUCGCUCGAAAAGGCAAGUUCCUGCUGAUUUGGGCGGAAUUCGCCGAGUCCCGGGUCGGGAUCCGUCGAUUUGGGUUCGGCUCGGGGGCGAUUGAGUUCUGAUUUCCCGGAUUUGGUGUGCAGGCAUGGGGACGGGGGAGGGGCCGCCGCCGGCGAGGCGAGAAAUCAGCGCUAGGCGGCGGCGGUGGCUAGACGGGGACUACGACGACGACGAGGAGUAUGUGCUGGAGGAGGAGGAAGAGGAUUAUGCGGAGGAGCUCUCCGCCUCGAGCGCCGGGGAGGAGGGGGAGGGUUCUGACGCGGAAUACCAGCAGGACGAAGAGGAAGAGGAGGAGGAGAUCGAGACGCCGCGGCCGAAGCGACCGGUAAAGGGCAGCGACCGCGGGCGGAAGGGGAAAGUGGAUCCGGCUGCUGCGCGAUCUCGGCGCCGGAAGUACGAGGAGGACGAGGACUACGAGGAGGAGGUCGAGGAAGAGGAGGAAGUGGAGGAGUACCGCGAUGAGCUGGAGGAGGUCGAGGAGGAGGAGGAGGCGCCGCCGCGGCCGAAGAGCCUUGCGAAAUGUGGUGGCCGUAGCCGAAAUGUGAAGCCACCUACUGCGGCGAAUCGAUCUCAUCAGCGAAGGCACUUGGACGACGAGGAUAUGGACUUUGACCCUGAGUUGGAUGACGAGGAGGAUGAGUUAGAUGAGGACAUCGAUUUCGAUCCUGAAGCGGACGACGACGAUGAGGAUGAGUACCAAGAUGAGGAGGAAGAGGAACUGUCUGCUAUCCGUGCCAGAAAGGUUACUGUUAAGAAUCUGGCGAAGCAAAAGUCUGUUUCAAAGCGGCGAACGCUGAAGAAGAAGAAGAAAAAUAAGGGAUCUAAGGCUUCUGGGAAGAAGUCGGCUUCAGCUAAAGCGAAGAAGUCUGCUCCUGUUAGACGGCGUAGAAAGCGUUCAAUGAUUGACGAAUAUGAGGAGGAUGAGGAUGAGGAUGAGGAUGAUGAUGACUUCAUUGUGGAGGAUGAACGCCCCAGGAAGAAGGCCAGGAAAAGGAAUGGGAGGGAGGCAGAGUUGGACGCUGAAGUAUCACCUGUUGAGGAAGAGACAUGGCCAAACCUUGAGUCAGACACAUCAGACUUUGAGUUUGCAACAUCUGACGAGGAACAUAACAAUGUUGAGACACCGGUAGUUGAGCAGAUUACCGUCAAAAAGGGGAGGAAGAAGAGGAUAUCUGGAUCUGAGUCGUCUUCUGAUUCUGAAUUCGUUGUAUCAGAUAAGGAAUUGGAGGAUUUGAGGGAGACUGAGCUUCCAAAGCCUGUGCCAAUAAUGCUCCCUGCAUCGAUGAGAAGGAUUUGUAUUACAAGGCAUGGAGAAGGCAAGGGUAAGGAGAAACAGGAACAAGAGGAGGCUGGGAAGCCAAUAUGCGGGAUCUGCCUCUCGGAGGAACAGAGAGCUACUGUGCAGGGCGUCCUCAAUUGUUGCUCACACUACUUUUGCUUCGGGUGCAUCAUGGAAUGGUCUAGAGUUGAGUCAAGGUGCCCAUUGUGUAAGCAGCGGUUCACUACAAUCACCAAGUCGUCAAAGGUGGAUCUUGGUCUUGGAGUGAGGAAAGCUGUAAUCAAGGUCGAAGAGCGUGACCAGGUUUAUCAGCCCACUGAAGAGGAAAUAAGGCGUUGGUUAGAUCCAUAUGAGAAUGUCGUGUGUAUAGAGUGCAAUCAAGGUGGCGAUGAUAGUCUCAUGCUACUAUGCGACAUUUGUGAUUCCUCAGCGCAUACUUAUUGUGUUGGCUUGGGAAGGGAAGUGCCUGAAGGAAAUUGGUACUGUGGAGGAUGUAGACUUGGUGAUGAGGGACCGUCCUAUACCGGAAUUCAGCGCACCGUGGCUUAUGAAAGACAAAAUUACAGAAAUCAUGUUGAUAGUAGUUCUGUUAGUUUUGGCACAGCUGCACCUAGUGGCACAUUGGAAAGGCCGCCAUCAAUCAACCCUCGCCGAUCUUUUCAAGGGAUUGAUCUAAAUCUAUCCCCAAGAGAGUUUCCUGGGGAAACUCAUCCUGCUGAAUCACAAGUUUCAACUGAUAGUGUAUCAACUCCCACUGGUAGGCGUGCAACUCUUUCAGGAAGGCGUCAAAUACAUCGAUAUAUUCGGAUUUUGCUAACUAGACCAAGGCCACCGAGUAGACAAGACGCAUACCAUAAUAUUGCACAGCACAGUGGUGGUGUACCAAGAACUGAACCAAACCGUCGUAACUUCCCGUCUUCAUCAGAAGAAAACACAUCACACAGUAUGCCUGAUGGCAUUCAGAACCAUCACAAUGGCCUUCCAUUUGUUCAAGCUCACAACAAUUUUGCUCCAUGCAUGUCCCUCGAUGGUGAUGAAGGUGUCAAGAGCAACCUCAGGAACAUAUAAUACAAGCCCCCUUGUUAGAAUGCCAUUCUACCGUGUGAAGCUUACUAAGGGAGCAACAUGUGCCAUUUUUAUUGGCUUGUGGAAUUGAACAUAGCAAGCGUAUGCCUGUUGCGUCACCUUAACACCCUCCCAGAAUUUACACCCAUGCUCCCAUUUUAGCGAUGCAGGCAUUUCUCAUUGGAAAUGGCUGGUCGAUGUGGUCCGGCUCGUUGUGGGAGAUGUGGUCAAUGACAUAACAUACAUGCUUUUUCUCGGGGCCCUUUGUUUAAGUUUAGGCAUUUUUUGUUGUUAUUGCCAUUCUCAAUUCAUUCGGUCAUUAAACACAACAUCGAAAGAUCACACAGCAACAAAGGCUGGAUAGCUUCAUAUUUAUACACUGUAACAUUGUGGGGACACCAUUUUCAUUAGGCUGAUCAUUCUUUCUCUGUCGAGACGUUCUUUUAAGAAAGGUUGCUAGCUGUUCCCAGCCUCCCUCUUCCGUACUAAGCAUGUACGUGGUGGUAAGCAUUAUCCAAAACUUUGACACUUCCA